AUGAGUGAUGAUUCGCAAUCUGACGCGGAGUCUACUGAAAAUUUCGAUACUGUUGAUAGUAUAGCAGACGGUUUUGAUCGGUUGGUUUACACGCCAAGUACACAAAGUCCAUAUCUUGGUGAAGAUGCUAUUACAGUCGAUACACAUAAUCACCAAGAGGCCGGGUCUGUGGUGUCACUUCGCGCGUUUUACAGACCUGGCAUUGUUCUGGUCCCUGGUUAUUCACUUCCACUCUUACUAGAGGGCUCCACAGAAGCUGAUAUUUUGAGGACGUUUAGCGGUCCUGUUGUUGUUCUACCCGGUUGCUUCUCGGAUCGCAUUCUUCUAACAGACUUUAUUGGUCAUGUUGCAACGAUCGCUGACUUGAUAACCAUCCGCGUUAGUGGCAACAACCUUAGUCCCGUUCUACUUGGCAGACAACGUCUACGAAUUAUAGAAGUCAGUGCUUCUACUAUGUUCUUUAUUCCAUAUCAAUGCCUUUGUCCCGUCACUAUGGAGCAGGCGAGGCUAGGUUGGCAGGAUUUUCACGCACUUAUUUCUUUCAGAAAUCAACUUACUUGUAAAGGCGUGGUCCUACCAGAAGUCUCCUUGGAUCAACCCUCCUCCGGUCCCCUGGGCCUGUUCUUCAUGCCUCCUUCCUGGUCUCGCUUCGCCUCGGAGCCAGACUUCUCGUCACCGGUGUCAAAUUUCGUUGAAGAUAAUCAGAGGUCAAACCCACGAGUAAUGCCCCAUCCAUUACCAGGAGAGCCUUUUGCUAUUUUUGAUACUUCGCGUAGUUCUUGGCGCCCCCCCGAGGCUGCUGACGGUGAUGAAGAUGAUGAAACAGCGGUGCCGCAAAGCCGUUGCCGUCUUCUAUGUCGGCGGGAUGUUAUCGCGUCAGUGGCCGACUCUCUAACCCCCUUACGAGCGUGGGUUUACCGUCAGUAUGACCUGGCAUUUCUCGUCGCCGAAAUUCGUGCUGAGCUGUCGCGCUGGACCAACACAUGGCGAAUGGAACAAUGGAACCCUUCACUGGCCGUUCCCUUCUCCUAUUGGCUAUUGCAAAAUCUUCCCUUGUCUUGUACCCUCAAAGCAGAAAUGUUGAAAAUUGACCACGUCGUUCAGCGUCUACGGGCUGCGCUACACGUCAUUCGAGCGUGCUCCGUUCUUGCCUGCUCCUUCUGCAACGCAAAUAUCACCUCCCAGAAGGACGUGAUUUGUUUGGCUCAGGAGGGCUCGAUGCAGGCCUACGUGAACCCCCAAGGCUUCAUCUUUGACAUGCUCACUUUGAGCACUGUUCAAACUGGCGCCAUUGAUUUGAUUGGCGAGCCAUCUGACCAGUAUUCAUGGUUCCCUGGCUACGCGUGGACAAUCGCCCAGUGCGCCGGUUGUCAGAGCCACAUGGGCUGGCAGUUCACCGCCACGAACGCCGAUCUCCGACCGCGAAUGUUCUGGGGCAUCAAACGCCAAGCCCUUGUCCACUCAACCGACGAGGACAUGAAGGUCAUGCUCUGA